ACGCCAUCACCUGUCUCAAUAUACCGCCUUGUUCGCGCCGCUUUGGGCUCAAUGUACUCCGACGUGCCCGACCUGUGAGUAGGAGCUCCAGAUGAAGUGUUAUGAAGGAUUAUAAGGGCCGAUGCUCUCACGGACGACGGGUACAGAUCUUUGGCUAAAGGGCGCCGUCGCACGGGGCCAGGGCACCUCCUUCUCGGCCUCCUACCCAAAGGCUCCCAUCAAAUCCAAUCAGAGGCGCAAGCAAGCAUGUCCACCUGCGACGAAGAGCUCUUUCCUCACCCCUGCAUCGACUGGUACCGCGCUCGUGAUUUGCUCAAGCCCGAUGACCCGAGGAUACGUGCGCUGUUCAGUCCGCUGUUUAGUGCCCCGCCAUGGGAGCCCAGGCAGUCGAGUCCGCCGUGUGUGGCGAGGGCGCCGCGAGCAGUCGCGGAAUUGAAGAUGUAUGCGCUCUCCGCUGCCUGGAGAGAGAGGCCAGAGUGGUGGCGGAAAGUCAAGGAUCCGGUCAUUCGAGAGCAGUGGCUCAAGGAGGCGAAGGCGGAACAAGAGAACGAGAUUCCACGAUGGCGUCUGACUGACAGGAUGAUCAACCAUACCCUCAUCGAACUAGAGGCCUACGCUAAGCUUCGGGACGAGAAUACCGGCAUCGAGUGCGGUCCCUACGAUUGCAUAUGGCAAUCGGACAAGCUCGUCACAGAUGAUUUACGCCUCAGUCUACGAGACGCCAUCAAACCCUUGGAGGACGAGCAAGCAAAUUGUCCGGCUCAGUCCAACGCGCAAGCCCUCGACCUUAUUGACCCGAAUCUAUACCCGCUUGUCUACGGGCAGACCUACGGCAAGCAACCUGACGGCUUCCUCGGCACCUUCGAUCCCCCAAGUCUCGACAAACACGACAUCCUCCCGGAAUUCAACCCCCAACGAUCCCAGUGGAUACCUUCGGACUUCCGUGUUAAAGAGGACGGCCGCGUGUCGCUGAUUUCGCCCUAUGUGAACGGCGUACCACCAGCGUACCACGACGCCCUCGUACCCGUCCUGGAGCAGAUUGUGGCACGCGCCGUUCCGCUGUGGGAGCGCGUGUUGCACGGGGUGCUUGCAGAGAUGCCUGUUCGGUUAGGCCCUGUGGUGAAAGACGAAGGGGGAGGGGAGGGAUUCGAGUGCAUUUGGGAGGAUGAUCUGCAUAUGCCGAAAGAGAGAACUCGUGGAACUCGCGAUGACGACCUCUCGCGUCGGCCUUUGAGGCUUCCUGACUGCAGACCCGAGUACGACGGGCGCCUCGCCGCCUGCGCGGGAGGGCGCUACAACCUCAGUGGACGAACACUGCAAACAAUUACCAAAAUCACCAACAUCAACCUGACGCCAGAAGACCCAAUAUAUACCGGCGAAUACUGGCACUUCGACGGCCUCUGGAACGAGGGGAUUGUAUCGACAUUCGUGUAUUAUCACGACCUGGUGAACGUCCGCGAAGCCCGAAUUUCGUUCAGAGAAGGGACCGCGGAGCCAGCCUAUCACAGCAAAGAUGACCAUCUCAGCAUGGAGACGCUGUACGGGAUCGAGGACGGCGAGCCAUGCGUGCAGGGGGUCGGCAGUAUCGCCUUGAAAUCUGGCUGCUGCAUCGCAUAUCCGAAUUUCUAUCAGCACAAGAUGUCGCCUCUCAAGCUUGAAGACCAGACGAAACCCGGCACCUGCAAAAUGCUCACCCUCUUCCUCGUCGACCCUAACCGCCGGAUACCCUCUGGGACCGAAGUGCCCCCGCAGCAAGCGGACGCAGUGCGCGAGGCCCUGCUCAAAGCCGGAAGCGACAGCCUCUUCUCGAAGCUGCCGCCCGAGCUCAUCGAUACGAUCGUGGCUCACGUCGAUGGACUUGUGAGCGAGGAAGAGGCGUUUAAGCUACGGCAAGAGAUGGUGGAUGAGCGCGCUGCGAGGGCCCAGUCUGCGGCGGGCCGCGACCUCUUCACUCAUGUCUUCCAUAUGUGUUGACGGGAGCUUGGGUGCGGUAAUUAGGCGCCCUCUGGACUUAGUGCACGCUAAGGAAAGCCUAUGGACGACUAUCAAGUUGCUCUUUGGCUGGCCUGUAUAGAUGUAGGUGAAGUCAAGACGAGUCGAUCUCGCCCAGGGCCUAUAGCAAUCAGCUCGCACCGAAGUUGCCAUAAUUUCAUCACCUCAUUCCCCCUCCUUGUACUUGCCAUCGCGUAAUUCGAGGCUUGAUCCUUCCAUGAGACAAGGGGACGUGCGUCCGUCCUUCUUUCUAGCUCCCUGUAGCCUAGAUACCCCUCCUUGUACCACUAGCGAUGCGCCCGUACCAGCUUGCUCGUGGGAGAAGUUCCGUUGUGAAAGCAACCCAUUGUAUGCGCAUUGUCCUUGGC